GACUUGAUGCAGCCACCCCAGAAUGGAACGAAAGUGAAUAUCAUAGUUUUAAGUAGUAUAAAAGCGGCAAGUUAGUACAAAUCAGCAUCCAGUUCAUUGUCUGGGAUCGAUGCGAACAAUUAUAAGUGGGAUCGCUAUGAAGUUGUUUAUUUGUCUGUCAGCGCUUUUGUUGGUUUCAGCUAACGCUGAAUCAGAUCAAAAGAAAUCUAGCGCCAAUGCAGUGCCAUUGGAGAAAAAGUUGGACAAACGUGCUUUGUUGAAUCUGGGCUAUGGGUACGGAAUCAAUGGUCUGGAUGUGGGCUACAUUGGUGGACAUGGUAACCUGGGAGGAGCUUACCAGUCGGCUCCAGUUCAUGGAUAUGGUCACGGACAGAGCUUCCUUAUUGGUGAACACACCGAUGUGACCAAAACCGUAACCCUGCUGAAGGGAGUACCAGUGCCAUAUACUGUAACGAAACAUGUGCCUUACACUGUCGAGAAGCGAGUCCCAUAUCCAGUGAAAGUACCGAUUCCACAGCCAUACGAAGUUUUGAAGCACGUUCCAGUCCACUAUAAGGAGUACGUGAAAGUCCCAGUCCGUGUGCCAACUCCAUACACAGUGGAGAAGAAGGUUCCGUACCCAGUGCAUGUCCCAGUCGACCGUCCAUACCCCGUCAAGGUGCUGGUGCCUCAACCUUACACCGUGGAAAAGCAGGUGCCCGUCCCGGUCAAGGUUCCCGUUCCCCAGCCCUACGAGGUGAUCAAGCACGUUCAGGUGCCCGUGAAGGUUGAAGUGCCAGUCCCAGUGCCGUACACCGUCGAGAAGAAGGUCCCAGUUGAAGUUAAGGUUCCGGUUGACCGUCCCUACCCAGUCCCCGUCCCUGCCCCGUACCCCGUCCCAGUGGAGAAACCCGUCCCGUACACCGUCCAGAAGCCUGUCCCAGUUGAAGUGCAGGUCCCAGUGGACCGUCCCUACCCGGUCCCGGUUGAGAAACCAGUCCCAUACCCAGUCAAGGUCCCGGUUCCGCAGCCCUACUACGUCGAGAAGCGCGUCCCAUACACUGUUGAGAAGCCAGUGCCAGUUCCAGUUCAUUACCCUGUCGAUCGCCCCUACCCAGUGACCGUUGAGAAGCACGUCCCAGUGGAGCGACCCGUCCCGGUUCCAGUGAAGGUCCCAGUGGCCGUCCCGGUUUACCACCAUCACCACCACCACGAGCCAAUCCAUCACCAAACAUACGUCCAACAGCCACUGCAGCACAGCUACGACACCAGCUAUACGAGCUUCAGCGGCUACGGAAACGACUACAGCUACCACCACUAAGUACCUUCUAGAUGUUCUAAACCUUAGUUACACGCGAAACCGUGGACGGAAACCCACUGCCAGUACAGUUAUCCACCGUCACCCACCACCACUCAUGCAAUCACCCUGGCCGCCGCACGGGCAGCCACGGCAGCAAGAUUAGCAGCACCCUACACUACCAAACCCGCAAAACAGAAACAAUGUCACCCCAAUUUGUUAUCAACUCUCCCUAUUGUUACUCUACGAUUAAUGCUUAACAACUCAAUUCUUCUUCAGUUCUCAUUCCACUUUGAAUAGCCGAUCGAGUGGCGCGGCAGCGAUAUCCGCCUCACAAGGUCGUUUAUCAAGCGAUUAUCGAUUCCCGCCGCGCGCUCGCCAACCUGAUGCAUCCAAAAGAAAUCCGCGUGCACUCGUUCAAGGCCAGCCCAACCCGCCCGAGGACGGGCGCCAAAAUGUUGAAACCAAAAAGUACGACCCCUCGUACACUUGCCAAAAGAAAAGAAAACAACAAAAAAACCGCGAUUACGAAACCGAAAGUUACCACCACUCCGGCCGCGGCAUCGUGACGUGAUAAUAAUAUUUACGCAUGGUACCGUUCGGCUGGGACCGAUAUACAUAUUUUGAUCGCUUCCUUUUUGAUUACUGCUUCUCCUUUAUUUCUGGAAUCAAAAUGCGAAGCACGCAACGGCAGCACAAACAGUGACGUUCAGUUUUUGCCUAAGUUAUUUUUAGUGUGUUGCAACUGAAAUGUGAUUAUUUUUUGUUUAAUAAAUCGUUGUUCGUUGAAAGGAACAAGACAAGGAUCGAUGAGGACGCGGAAAUGCAAUGAAAUGCGAAGUGCAAUUACGUAAAAAGCGCUGCAUGAGCCUACCAUAAUUGUGUAUUUUGUAUGUAAAUAUAAGUCGAAAAACGAAAAAUAAAUAAAAAUGUAAUUUUUAUAA